GUCCUUCGGUGUCUGGGUGUGGUGAGUGGAGGUGUGUGUCACAAGGUACAGAUCAUUGUGUGUGACAAAGCCCAUCGUGUGUCUGUGUGUGUCUUUAUCCACGUGGAUGGACGUCUCUUUCUUGCUCUGCCCCAAGACACACCCUAGCCCCUCCUUAUUCUCAAAAUGGGGAGCUGGGGAGCCUCCCCCUACCCUGGGGCCUCCCCUGCCCCUCCCCGCCCUGCCUGGCCGUCACCACUCCCCAGAGGGCACAGGGCUCUGCUGUGCCUCAGAGCAAAAGUCCCACAGCCAGCAGAGUAGGCUGACGACCUGCAAGCCACAGUGGCUGCCCUGUGCGUGCUGCGAGGUGGGGGACCCUGGGCAGGAAGCUGGCUAAGCCCCAAGACCCCGGGGGCCAUGGGCGGGGAUCUGGUGCUUGGCCUGGGGGCCCUGAGACUCCGAAAGCGCUUGCUGGAGCAGGAGAAGUCUCUGGCCGGCUGGGCGCUGGCGCUGGCGGGAACUGGCAUUGGACUCAUGGUGCUGCAUGCAGAGAUGCUGUGGUUCGGGGGGUGCUCGUGGGCGCUCUACCUGUUCCUGGUUAAAUGCAUGAUCAGCAUUUCCACCCUCUUACUCCUCUGCCUCAUCGUGGCCUUUCAUGCCAAAGAGGUCCAGCUGUUCAUGACCGACAACGGGCUGCUGGACUGGCGCGUGGCGCUGACCUGGCGGCAGGCGGCGCAGAUCACGCUGGAGCUGGUGGUGUGUGGGCUGCACCCGGCGCCCGUGCGGGCCCCGCCGUGCGUGCAGGAUUUAGGGGCGCCGCUGACCUCCCCGCAGCCCUGGCCGGGAUUCCUGGGCCAAGGGGAAGCGCUGCUGUCCCUGGCCAUGCUGCUGCGUCUCUACCUGGUGCCCCGCGCCGUGCUCCUGCGCAGCGGCGUCCUGCUCAACGCUUCCUACCGCAGCAUCGGCGCUCUCAACCAAGUCCGCUUCCGCCACUGGUUCGUGGCCAAGCUUUACAUGAACACGCACCCUGGCCGCCUGCUGCUCGGCCUCACGCUUGGCCUCUGGCUGACCACCGCCUGGGUGCUGUCCGUGGCCGAGAGGCAGGCUGUUAAUGCCACCGGGCACCUUUCAGACACACUUUGGCUGAUCCCCAUCACAUUCCUGACCAUCGGUUAUGGUGACGUGGUGCCAGGCACCAUGUGGGGCAAGAUCGUCUGCCUGUGCACUGGAGUCAUGGGGGUCUGCUGCACAGCCCUGCUGGUGGCCGUGGUGGCCCGGAAGCUGGAGUUUAACAAGGCAGAGAAGCACGUGCACAACUUCAUGAUGGAUAUCCAGUAUACCAAAGAGAUGAAGGAGUCCGCUGCCCGAGUGCUACAAGAAGCCUGGAUGUUCUACAAACAUACUCGCAGGAAGGAGUCUCGAGCUGUCCGCAGGCAUCAGCGCAGGCUGCUGGCCGCCAUCAACGCCUUCCGCCAGGUGCGGCUGAAACACCGGAAGCUCCGGGAACAAGUGAACUCCAUGGUGGACAUCUCCAAGAUGCACAUGAUCCUGUAUGACCUGCAGCAGAAUCUGAGCAGCUCACACCGGGCCCUGGAGAAACAGAUUGACACGCUGGCGGGGAAGCUGGAUGCCCUGACUGAGCUGCUUAGCACUGCCCUGGGGCCGAGGCAGCUUCCAGAACCCAGCCAGCAGUCCACGUAGCUGGACCCACGGAGGAGGAACCAGGCUACUUUCCCCAGGAUUGAGGUGAUGGACAUUGUCUCUGCCACUCCUGACCCAGCCCUGAACAAAGCACCUCAAGUGCAAGGACCAAAGGGGGCCCUGGCUUGGAGUGGGUUGGCUUGCUGACGGCUGCUGGAGGGGACACUGGCUAAAGUGGGGAGGCCUUGGCCCACCUGAGGCCCCAGGUGGGAACAUGGUCACCCCCACUCUGCAUACCCUCAUCAAAAAACACUCUCACUAUGCUGCUAUGGACGACCUCCAGCUCUCGGUUACAAGUGGAGGCGACUGGAGGCCGGACUCCUGGGUCCCUGGGAAAGAGGGUACUAGGGGCCCGGAUCCAGGAUUCUGGGAGGCUUCAGUUACCGCUGGCCGAGCUGAAGAACGGGGUAUGAGGCUGGGGCGGGGCAGGAGGUGGCACCCCCCUGGCGGGACAACAAAGAGGACACCAUUUUUCCAGAGCUGCAGAGAGCACCUGGUGGAGAGGAAGAAGUGUAACUCACCAGCCUCUGCUCUUAUCUUUGUAAUAAAUGUUAAAGCCAGAA